AUCAUUAAAGAAUUACAAGAGAUUUCAGAGAUUUUUGAACGUUGGCCUCAGACCUUUCCUUUUAAAGCCCCUCAUCAUGAUACUCUCCUCCUUAAAAACUAGCCGUUAGCUCUCUUUCUCAUGGCUGCUUCAGUGGGUUCCCCAUCACCAGCUGCCAGCCUCAACAAGGAGUCCACAAGCUUGAUAGUUUCUUCUCCUCUGUUUUGUCCGGCAUCAGAUAAGCGUUUUUGGAGCUCUCUCCGUGGCCGGAUCGACACCCUUCUUGAGAAUCGGCACCGUAGUGUCUCGAUCGGUCAAGAUCAGCUCAAUCUUGAUCCUUCUUUAGGCACCAAUGUGAGAGUAGGUGAAUCGGAUCGAGCAAAGAGAAUGAAGGAGGAUUCCUUACUUCUGUUAAGAGGGUUUGACUCCAUUGCUCAAAAUCUUUCUCAGCUCUCUAGUAAUCUGGACAACGCUCUUCAGGGAGCUAGAUAUCUAGCUGAACCACCCACAUUGAGAGAAAUAUUCCACAGUAGACUCGAGAACUCUGAGUUCAGGCAAGAAGAUGUAGAAAAGGAAAAAAUUGAAGAAGGGAAAAAGACAAGAUUGAAGAGGAAGUUUGAUCCAGAUGAUAGAUCAGAAGAACAAGGAAAUGAUUUUCACAAGGAGAAUGAACAAUGUCUCGAAGAUAAAAAGCUGAAGAAAGCCAAAAAUCUGGCAGUUUCCAUGGCAACAAAAGCAGCAGCGCUUGCAAGGGAACUCAAGUCUAUGAAAUCUGAUUUCUGUUUUAUGCAAGAGCGAUGCGCUCUGCUUGAGGAGGAAAACAGGAGGAUUCGAGAUGGAUUCUGCGAGGGGACUAGACCAGAAGAAGAUGACCUGAUGAGGCUUCAGAUGGAAGCACUGCUUGCAGAAAAAUCCAGGUUAGGUAAUGAAAAUGCUAAUCUUAAGCGGGAAAACCAAUGCCUUCACCAGCUUGUAGAGUACCACCAAAUCACUACACAAGAUCUCUCUGCAUCUUAUGAGCAAGUUAUCCGUGGAACAUGCUUGGACUUUUCUUCUCCAACAUCCUCUAUGAUGGAAGCGGCAGACAAUGAAGAUGACAGUGAAGUUGCAAAAACAACUCCGAAUAUUUUUGGAUUCGCCACUUCUCUUGAUGAAUCCUGUCACGAAGAAGCACGGAUGAGCAAGUAAAGACGAUAAAGGCAGUCACCGGUUUUGUCAGUAAUUUGAUCAGGGUACUUUAGUUCCACUUGAACUGUAAAUUUUCUUGUGUUUUUCUCUACGGGUUCAAAUUGGUGUAAUUUUGUUCCCCGUGUACUAUAUAUAUAUAUAGUGUACUACACUGCAUUUAUUUUGUUUCUCCA